AUGACUUGGGAAGAUGACUACAGAAGAGGGUGUACGUUCUUUGAGCAGCGAAAAUAUGAGGCAGCUUUGAGAUCUUUCAACAAAGCAGCCUGUGAAAAUAAGACGAAUGCAUCUACUUUCUACCAGAGAUCUCUCGUAUUGGAACGGUUAAACCGCUAUCGCGAAUCACUGAGGGACGUCCAGAAGGCCAUCGACCUCAUGCCAGAGUCAGAGUCAUGGAAGGCAUAUAGGCACUCCGCUGCACUUCUAUUAAAGAUGGGCAGACUUGAAGAGUCUCUGAAAAUGGUAGAUAUAGCCGUAGAACGUGCCGACGAGGACGACAAGAAAGAUGUCAUUCUCGUAGAUCUACGAGAACGAAUAAUGGAGGCACUUGAACCACGACCAUGCCAUUUCUCAAAAAUACCGGUGGAGAUAAGUACCGAAAUUCUCGCUCUGGUCGUCGACGGUGAUUAUGCAAAUAUGCUGGCUCUUACUCUAGUAUGCAGAGGUUGGCGAGACAUCGUCAAUAGGUCGUCGCGCUUUUGGCGUCACCUCGUUUUGACGCCAAAGACAAGACUGAAGCAGGCAGAUGCUACACUCGAACGUUCAGGAGGAACAUUGACUACUCUGCACAUUACUGGAGGAUUUUCGUUCAGUACUCGGCCCAGCAUGCUCAAGAGAGCUAACCCCGAUAUGUGGUCAAGACUUGAGACACUACACAUUACUUCCCAAAGCAGCCUUCGCUCCUUGUCUCUUCCACCGGGGACGGUUGAACAACUACAACUAGUAAAUCUUAAAUUGAGUAUGGAUAAAUUAGACAAUGUGACAUGGAUGGCCCUUGGUAAGAUGGACAAGUCGCGUCUCCGGCGUCUCAUGUUGCGUGCCAACAAUAGCGAACUCAUAUCGAGCAUCAGUUUCUUCUGCGCUUCUUUGACGACUCUCGAAUUGUGUUUACCAAUUACGGCAAGGAAGUCGCUCUCGAUCCUGAAGGGAACACCGAUGCUUGAGAGUCUGGAUCUCAAGUCCGACGCAACCGAAUACUUUAAUCUUGGGCAGGUUGAUCCUAUUGAACUUGCUCAUCUCAGAGAUCUUCGGCUCAACCAUUACUGGUACUCGAAAGAGUAUCUGCGAUACACUCGCGUUCCGAACGUCACAACGCUCACUAUAAUACACGUCCGUGAUCCGUUGGUUAUACCUCAAUACAUAACGAAGCUUGAACAUCUUCACCUUUCACAUUGCGUGCUCCCUGUUUCCGAUUUCAUCACUCUUCUUCGGACAUCAACGUCACUCAGAACACUUGAGAUUCCGCGGUGCAGCUUCCGCGGUGCCGAUGGAAAUGUUGUUAUUGAAGCAUUAGCGAGACCGAUACCAACGAGGAAGAAACAGGGUGCAUCUCAGAUGAUCUGUUGCCCACAGUUACAGACUGUAAACCUUUCCGGACUCAGUUGUCUAAGGACAAAUUCGGUCGUUCUACUUGUGAAGGCGCAUAUACACGGAGUAGUAUCCCCGCAUGACGAGCUCGAAUUAGCCUCUUCGUCGGAAGAGCCUCAGAUCAAACUACGUCGCAUCCUGACCUUGGUUCUUGACGAUUGCCUACUAUUUGACAGUAAUGCUUUAAAUUGGCUUAGGGCCAGCGUAACGCAUUUCAGCUUUAAAGGCAGACCACACUAG